CCCGCCAUACUGUUACAUUAAUCAUGCUAGCCACAAGUCAGAAUGCAGACAGACUGUGCAGCCUUGAAUUAAAAAAAAGUAAUAAUUGUGACAUUCCCCUAUAGUGACAUACAGUGUGCUCGUCAGUUCAGCAGAUGUUGCAUGCGAUGAAAACAUGAGGAAACCGUCUGCUGUGUGGUUUGAAUAGGAUGCGGCCUGGUGCCAACAUAAAUGAAUGAAGGGCCCCUGGAGGUGCUUUCUGUCUAAAUGAAUCACUGUUCCUGUGCAUUCCUCUAACACCAGUAACACUAAAAAACACAAAUGAAUGGAGAUUAUACAACUUCAGUAAUUCAGCCUCAACACCUGUAGGAUUUCAUGUUUUGGCAAUGAUGACCAGUCCUUCCUCUUUGCUAAUGUGCCCUAAAUAUGAUGCAUUUCCGAUUGAUUACAUCAGCUCAUUUCCUUUGAUUCUGCCGGGAGCCAGUCUGAGGUUUUCCUGUCAGAUUAUAUAUGUUGGAGGUGACAGGGAAAGGAAGCUAAUGUGUUCUUCUAAAGGUUAAAUUUAAUUAAUAAUCAUAGGGGAAAAUUAAUAUUUUGAGGGAGUUUUUGGGGGUGCACGAUUAGAUAUUGUUUGGUGGCUGUUUCCAGUUAAUUUUAUGUAAUUAUGACCAAGUAUGAUAUUUUAAUUGUGCCUAAGGGAAAUAGAAAUUAGUUGUUUUUUAUGUUUUUUUUUUCAAAAAUGUGAUUUCCAACAUAUUCAUAAAAAAUGCAGCUGGAUGUGCGGCUCCUUAUUUAAACAAAGAAGUAAAGUGUUUCAUGUCAGUUUGUUUGUUCUACACCAGGAAGCAGUUUUUAAUGAAUGGGAUGGACGCCGUUACUAUCAAAGAGUGUACUCAAAGUAGACAGCGGCAUCCUGAGUUGCCAUUCAUUCAGAGCUGAAAACAACAUGUGGGUGUUGAAGAGGAUAUAGUGGAGGAUGUGUAGUUUGUGCAUCUGCUCCUGUGUGUUGUUUAGAGUCUUGAGAGGGACCUCCACUUCUCUGCUCUUUCACUGGCCAAACUGAAGGGUGGGAGUGGUUUAGACCCACAGUUAGUUAGAGAGUUUAAGCCACUUUGGAAAGUGGUUGGGGGCUUGAUGAAAGGUUAGCAGAUGCAGACUGGCAACAGUAACCUGAGGACACACACUACCUCAAAUUCCUGAUGGCUUACCCUCCUCCUACCAAUGAGAGGUAAUAAAAGGAAUCUGAAGGACUUCAAGAGAGUUUACACUUGAAUGCUGCAGGGAAGAGACAACCAAUCACAGAGAAAAAGAUCAAAGAAGCUCCAAAAAUCCAAGGGAUUAGAUCUGAAUUAGUUCCAACUUUAGGGGAAAAAAGGCUCUGCUGUGAAAAUGCUGAACGUGGACUUACUGCUGCUGGGCUUUUUCCUUGGUCUGGACGUGGGACACGGGGGUGUUAGCAAGAGACAAUAUCAGAUCCAAAACGGACCAUGCAGCUACACAUUUCUACUGCCUGAGCAAGAAAACUGCCAGAGUCAGAGUGACUACAACUACGCUGUGCAGAAGGAUGGACCCACAGAGGAGUCUGCUCAGAGGCUGGAGCAGCUGGAGAUGAGCAUGGAGAACAACACACAGUGGCUGCUGAAGUUGGAGAACUACAUUCAAGACAGCAUGAAGCAAGACAUCCUCUAUUUCCAACAAGCUGCUGUUCACAACCACACAGCGACAAUGAUUGAAAUUGGGGCGAACCUGCUGAGUCAAACUGCUGAGCAAACAAGGAAGCUCACAAACGUGGAGGCACAGGUAAUUCAUCACACGACACGUCUGGAGCGUCAACUUCUUGAAAAUUCAUUGUCAACCAACAAGUUGGAAAAACAACUCAUUGUCCAAACAAAUGAGAUCAACAAACUAAAUGACAAAAACAGUCUUUUAGAGAAGAAAGUGCAAGAGAUGGAGAAGCAGAGCCAGGUGGAGCUCAAGGCUCUACAAGAAGAAAGAGAGCAGCUCCAGACUUUAAUACUGAGGCAGACACGAAUCAUUGGUGAGCUGGAGCAGCAGCUGCUGAAAGUCUCUACAAACAACUCCGUCCUUCAUCAGCAGCAGCAGGAGUUGCUGGACACGGUGAACGCCCUCAUAUACACGCUGUCUGCUGGAUCUGCUCAAGUCCCCAAAACUGUGAUGAUGCAGGACACUCCUACUUUCUACAUGGACUGUGCUGCCGUCUACACAUCAGGAAACACCCACAGCGGCGUCUAUACUCUCACGAUACCCAACACAACCAUGGAAGUAAAGGCUUUCUGUGAUAUGGAAACAGAAGGGGGUGGAUGGACAGUCCUACAAAAGCGCUUUGAUGGCCAAGUUGACUUUCAUCGUACGUGGGAAGAGUACAAAAAGGGAUUUGGAGAGCCUUCAGGUGAAUUUUGGCUGGGAAAUGAGUUUGUCUCUAGAUUGACAAGCCAACGGGCUUACAAGCUGAGGAUUGAACUGAGUGACUGGGAAGACAAUUCUGCUUUCUCACAAUACGACCAGUUUUCUCUUGGCACCGAAGCACAAAACUACAGGAUACACCUUAAAGGCUACAGUGGAACUGCAGGCAAAAUAAGCAGCAUCGGGCAGCCAGGAAGUGAUUUUAGCACAAAGGAUGCAGACAAUGACAAAUGUGUUUGCAAAUGUUCACAACUGACAACAGGAGGCUGGUGGUUUGAUGCUUGCGGUCCCUCCAAUUUAAAUGGCAUGUAUUACCAACGAGGCCAGAACGCCAACCGCUUCAAUGGAAUCAAAUGGUACUACUGGAGAGGCUCGGGCUACUCGCUGAAGUCCACAGCGAUAAUGAUGAGACCAGCAGACUUUAAAAGCUCACUUUAAAAGCAGAGCACGUUCAGAAGAAAGUGGAAAAGAAAAUGCUGCUCACCAAAAAUAAAGAAAAGCUUGGGGGGAUUUAUAGAAAAAAAAAAUCAUUGUGUUUAUAAAUUAAAUAUUUUUGUCCAUAUUUAUGUGCAGAAAAUUCUGAAAUAAAACUGCAGGGACAUUGCAAUGAAAGUCCAAAUUCACAACUACCAUGAAUUUAGGAUUCUGUCUAUUUGUAAAAAGACUAUGGUACAAAGUGCACAGAAAAAUAUGUCCCAAACUAAUUAUCUUUUGUUCUAAAAAUGUAUUUAUACAUGUAAAAACGCAGAAAUAACAGUUUUGCUUUUGAUAAUAUAUGUCGAGUUUUUGUUUAAUUUAUAUGUAGAUAUUUAAUUUUAUUAUAGAAAGAUAUUUUUCAUUUAUAUUGAGAGUCUGAUAUAGUUUUGUUCUGCUGCUCUAGCUCAAACGCAGCAACAUGUUUUCCAUUUAGAUUGUGAUGCUUUUUGUGUCUUUUUCUAAAACAGAAAUAUUUUUUUCCUAAAAGUGGCAUAUCACUACAAUAUUUACAACAUUUAAGCAAGCUUUUUGUGCAGUUACAUCCACUAUAAACUCAAUAAAGUCAAAAUGCAAUAA